AUGGACGAAGCCAACCGCACAGCGGCCACCCAGAAGGCCUUCAAUGCCUGGCAGCAGCCCGGCCAAGCAGCAUACGAUUUCCGGAGCGACACCAUGACGAGCCCCACAGCGUCAAUGCUUGAAGCGAUCAGCAACACGACUCUGCUAGACGAUGUGUUCCAGGAAGACCCGACGACGAACGACCUGGAAAGAUACGUGGCCGAACUAUCUGGCCACGAGGCAGCUGUGCUCGUCAUGUCCGGGACGAUGGGCAACCAAGUCGCCCUACGGACGCACCUGAAGGGGCCGCCACACUCAGUGCUCUGCGACAUCCGCGGCCACAUCUACAACUGGGAAGCCGGCGGCGUGUCGACGUUAUCCGGCGCCAUGCUGGUCGCCGUGCAGCCGGCCAACGGCCACCACCUGACGCUCGAGGAUGUGCAGAAACACGCGGUGGUCUCGGACGACGUGCACGCGUGUCCGACACGGGUGAUUUCGCUGGAAAACACCCUCGACGGCACGAUCAUGCCGCUGGACGAGGUGCGCAAGAUCUCGCAAUUCGCUCGCCAGCACGGCAUCAAGAUGCACCUGGACGGCGCGCGCAUCUGGGAUGCCGUCGCCGCCGACGCCGGCUCGCUGCCCGAAUUCACCACCUGUUUCGACAGCGUGAGCAUGUGCUUCUCCAAGGGUCUGGCCGCUCCGAUAGGCAGUAUAAUUGUGGGGUCGAAGCCGUUCAUCGCCCACGCACGAUGGAUCCGCAAAAUGAUCGGUGGUGGCACCAGACAGGCCGGUGUCAUCUCCGCCGCUGCUCGCGUCGCCGUUGACGAGGGGUUCGGGAAAGGCCCGCGUGGUGAAGGCGGCAAGUUGCGAGAUAGCCAUGCCCGCGCCCGCAAGGUCGCUGAGAUGUGGGAGUCCCGCGGUGGCGAGCUGGCAAAGCCCGUCGAGACGAACAUGGUCUGGCUGGACAUCGCCCGUGCAGGCAUCCCGGCCGCUGAGUUCGCUCGGCUUGCUGCCGACGAGGGUCUGAAGGCUAGUGGCGGCCGUCUGGUCGUCCACUACCAGAUCAGUGACGACGCGAUCGAGCGCCUCGGCCGGGUCAUGGACAAGAUCUUGCAAAACAGUAGCAAAAAGCGGAAAGUCAAUGGUCAUUGA